GGAAAUCAUUCAUUUUUCAUCACUAUUAAAAACUAAAUUCAUAUAUCAAUUCACAGAAAAAAUAUGGGUGACAUCAAAAAACCAUUUCUCAAAAGGAUUCCUGGGGAAAUACCACCGCAGCCGAAAAAAGCUAAUCAAGGUUACAUUGAAAAUCUAGCAUCAAAAAAAAAAGUUGAAAUUGAAGAAUUAUUAGAUAGACAGAACAAACUUCUUGCCAAUAAUUUCAUUGCUAAGCUUCCAGAUAAAGGGAAGAAAAUACUUGAUUUUAAAGAAAAAUUAGAAAAAGAGCUUGAGCAUAGAAAUGAAGUUGAAUCUGCAGCCACAUUAUUAUCCCGACUCAAUAUUGCCACAGAAGGCAAAGCAGCUAUGGCCGAAUUGGAAUGGACUGGUAAAUAUGAAGAGAAAUCUCAAAAUAAAGCUGAACAUAAUGUUGAACUAGACAGUGAUGAAGAAGAAGAUCCAUUGAAAAUUAUUGCGCAGCCAACUGGCAGCGGUACACAUAAGAAAAAAAUCAUUCAUCUACCCCCUGAAGAAACUUCAAUCAAGCCAGAAGAUCUAGAACUCAUUGAAUCUUUUAAAAAAGAUCCUAUGGAAUUGGAACAUGUAAAAUAUAUUGUAAAUAAAGUAGAAAAUCCUAGUACAACUAAUGCAAGAGAAAAAUUUAAGCCUUAUAAAACUACUAAAUCAAAUGUGCAUGAUCCAAAUAAAGAAAUGCAAAUAGAAGAAAAACUUAGAAAAAAUAAACAUUAUGAACUAGAUGCAGCACAUACACCUGCUAAUAUUUAUGGAGCUGCCAAGAUGUUAGAUCUCCAUGAAUCAUUAAAAUUGGAACAAGAGCAAAAAAUUAAGCUACAGCAAAUUCAAGCCAAACAUGCAGCUGAACGUCUCAAGCAACAUUUGGGUAAUACACAGUUAAAAAUAGGUGAUUUACCUCAAGAUAUUGGAUCAUAUCGGUCCAUAAAUUGUGAUAAUUCAGAUGGUCAAAGUUCUUCAGAAGAGGAAGAGUAUGAAGAAGUUCAUGAUGAUGAAGGCGAUGAUAGACAAGGAACUGUAUCAUUUGUUGUUGAUACGCUAGAAACCUAAAUUAAUUAGUUAAUAAAAUUGUUGUAAAUAUGUGCAUAUGAUAAUCAGAUUAAAAUUUUAAUUGCUUUAUGCAGA